AUGGCAGUCCCUUCACCGUUCGUUUCUGUCGGCGCCGGCAGCCGCUGGAUCAAUGUCAGCGAGGCUAUCGAGCCCCUCGGUCUCGCUGUCGUCGGAGGCCGCAGCCCCAACGUCGGCGUGUCCGGGUUCCUCCUGGGCAGCGGCCUCUCAUUCCUGACCGGCAGGCGAGGAUUUGGCUGUGACAACGUCCGGAACUUCCAGGUGGCUCUCGUAUCCGGCGAGAUCGUGAAUGCCAACCCCGAAGAAAACCGGGACCUCUACUGGGCGCUCCGUGGUGGUGGUGGAUCCAGCUUCGGCAUCACAACCCGAUAUAACCUUGAAACUUACAAGCAAGGCGACAUCUGGAGCCGGCUGACAGUGUGGCCAGCCAGCGAGGCAGCCAACGUUCUCGGUACUUUUUCUACAAUCACCAAAGAAAAGCUACACUCUGGACAAGACCCGGACUCCCACUUCAUGUAUGGUUUGGCCUAUCCCGAAGGUGCGGAGGGAGACGGGCUUGUGACAACGGUUUAUGGCUUCCACCUAAACCUUUCGUCCCCACACGCGCCAGAUGGCGAAUCGGACACCAUGGAGAGCUUCACUCAGCUUCCAGCCCAGCUCAUGAAUAACACGCUUGUCUCGAACCUCACCGGGCAGGUUCGGCACCUCUCCAUAUUUGGGGAGGGCAAGAGGGAGACGUGGUACGCGAUGUCCAUCCGCGACGGCUCAGACAGCAGGGCCUUCCUGACCGACAUCACCAUCACCUUCACCGCGUUCGCCGACGAACUCAGAGCAGCUGGAGAUGCUCGGAAAACCACUGCCAUGCAGAUGAAUGGCGGCAACCCCACGGGCCUCAGACCUAGCGAGUUCCCUUCGUACAUCAUCAUCAUCUCCGUACCCACCACCUGGACCGAUCCGGCUCUCGACGAAUUCGUCGAGACCCGCACUAACCAAUUCGUCAACGACGUGAGCGCCAUGGCCAAGGCGAGGGGGUUUGGGAACGGCUACGAGUACAUGAACUAUGCUGGGAAGCUGCAGGAUGAGAUUGCAAGUUACGGUGAGGAGAACCAGGUCAAGCUUCAGGCUAUCGCACGCAAGUAUGACCCGGACGGUCUCUUGCGUAAGCUCUGGGAGGGUUACUUCAAGCCGUAA